CUGUGUAUCCGGUUGGUUACUGAAGUAAACUUAACAAUCACAAGAUGGAGUACAGUGUUGUUGUUAUUUUUUUGCUCAAUGUAGAACUUUUCAGUAGACAAACUUAAUUGAGAUUAUUUGACAAAACCUUCCACAAUGGACGGUAAGUGGAAGAAGCAGCAAACUCGCUGAUUCCAACCACAGCCAGAAUCUAUCUCGUUCCAUUUGUCUACAACGAGAAAUUCAUGGAGGACCACCAGAGGAGCCCCAAACUCAAGCCUAAUUUGGCGGGCAAGGACUCAGGAAAUGUGCAGUCAUGGUGGGAGGUGCCAAGCAUUGCACACUUUUGCUCCUUAUUUAGAGCCGCAUUUAAUUUACUGGAUUUUGACAUUGAGGAUCUGGAAGAGGCCCUCCUGACAGAUGGUGCGGAUGACACCGGCAGCUGCUUGCUUCAGGACCUGAUUGUCCGUCUGCUUGCUGGAUGCCUGGGCCACUCGCCCAACAACACUGACAUCUCUCCAUUUAAUUAUCAAAUGUUCCUCCGCCGUUUCCUGAGACAGAAGUGUCAGGAACAAUUUAGAGAAAAUCCUUUCAAUACAGAUAUUGAUUUUCAAUUUCUUCCCCUGAGAACAAAAGUUCAGAUUAUUCAUACCCUAUGUGACUUCAGACUUGAUGCUGAUGAUGUACAAGAUGUUUUAAAGAAUCUGGAAUCGGAUAGUUUACGAGUUGAUCCUCUUGGUCAUGAUGCUAAUUCAUCAGCUUAUUAUUAUUUUUAUGGAACUCGCCUGUACAGAGAAGAUGUACCCAAAACAACAAACAAGAAUCGGGGAAAGGUCAAGAGAAGAAAGCUAAAACAAGAAAAGGUGAAGAAAAAACGUGGCAAAGGUGGAAAGAAAGGGCAAGAAGAAGAAGAGGACAAUGAGGAAUCUGACAACGAGGCUGCACCUGAUCAAGGUUCAGGCACUUGGCAAGUAAUAUGCUAUACUGAGGAAGAUUGGGGGAAAUUAGCCGCUCAGCUGAAAGGAUCGACAGUCAAGGAGGAAAAAGCACUUUAUCGAGUACUGGCUGAAGACUUUCUGCCUGAAAUUCCACGAUUGUUUGCUGAGAAAGAAAGGCUGCAAAGGAAACGCAUGGCAGAAUUCAUGCCAAGGCGCCAAUCUUCUCGUAUUGAGAAGCUUGCCAAAGAAAAAGAAGAAAGUGCAAGGGUAAUGGCUAAAGAAGAAGAAGAGCGAAAAGUGAAAGAGAUAGAGGAACGAGAGCGGCGUCAAAAGCAAUUAGAGGAAGAUAUGCUGAAAGAAAGAGCAGCUGGUCGUACAUUUCAUGGUACCACCCGUCUGAGCUCACGAAGUUGCUCCAGCAGAUCUGAAUCGGAGGAGGAAUCCACUGGGUCUAAACCUGUUGGACGCCAGACUAAUAACUCCCUUUCGUCUGCAACUGGCAAAAUCCACAUUUCUUCAUCAAAGAAAAAGAUGCGCAGUUCUCAAGUUUUCAAGGCCACUACAGAGGACAUAAAGACAGGAAUGUUAAAAGUUUUGGAACAACUUAAGAACCAUGAGGAUGCAUGGCCUUUCCUUGAUGAAGUUUCAGAGGACUAUGCUCCACGAUACUAUAGUGUCAUUAGGAAACCUAUGGAUCUGAAUCGAAUGGGUGAUAAAUUAGAUGAUGGGUCCUACACAUCAGUUUCACUUUUUCGGGCAGAUUUUAUGCGGAUUAUUGAUAACUGUAGAGUGUACAAUGGAGAUGGGAGUGAGUAUACUGAAAUGGCCAUGAAUUUACUUGAGAGGUUUGAGAAAUGUAUGGAGCGUUAUGUGGGAAGUGGAUUUUCAUCUGAUGAAGAAGUACCCGUGGAGUUUCCGUCAGAGGAGCGACACAGAAAGAAACACAGGCACCGCCGCCAUGAUCGGAGGCAUAGUCAUCACAGCAGUCAAAGUGACAGCAGUAGAGACCAAAGCAAACAUCGAAGUAAAGAGCGGAAGAAGGAGCCUGACAAAAAGAAAAGGGUGUAUGCUGAUGAUGAAGAUGAGGAUGAAGAUGAAGAUGAUGACAAUAGUUCACACAUAACUCGUAACGAUUCUGAUUGGGACCAAAGCAGAGAUAGUAGAUAUAAAACAAAUCACAAGAAAAGCCAAAUAUUUGCACGUAUCACUGAACAUGAAAAACACCGUAAACUUAAAAAUGAUGAUGAGAGGUUAGACAGCAUAAAUGACGACACCAGGGAUGGAAAUCAAGAGUGGAAAGAUGAAAACUUAUCCGACCAAAGCCAUAGUAGAGACAGUAGUUCUUCUGGUCACAGACAUGGCAGUAAACGUAAAAAGGAGGAUAUGAGAAAAUCAGCUGUCCACAAGAAAAGAAUAAAUGAUGAAGCCAAAGAUGCUGACAAGGCUGACAAGGCUGGAGAGAAAAGAGGUGCAAUACGAAGUGAGCGGUCUAAAGAUGGCAGCACCAAAAACAAAUCUGAGCCAUUGACUCGGGAGGAACAGCAGAGAAGAGACCGUGCAUGGUCAGAACUUGUUGGAAGUGGAGAUGAAAAGGCUGAGGAGAGAGCAGAUGAGAAGAAAGAUAUAUUUGACCUAGAUCUGGAUGAUGCAGGAUGGGAAGGGCUUAAACAGGGUCUUAAAGAGUGGAAAAAAGAAAAAAAUCAGCAGAAAAAGCCUGAGAAAAUAAAUGACAGCAAACGAAUGAAGAGGAUGAGUCAGGAGGAGGAAGACCGGUGGUUUGAAGAGAAAGAAACCAUUCAUCAAGACAUCAAGGUCGUUGAUGCAGAUCCGUUUGCUGCCUUGGAAAGGGAAAUGAGCAGCAAUGAAACUUUCAGAAGAAAACAUAAAGAACGGGUUGAAUCAGAACAAAAUAUGGAGGAUAAAUCUCAGAAACCAGCCCCUCCUCAACUCAAAAAAGGAGUUGGCGUAUUGAAGAACCCUGCCAUUCAUCAUGCAUUAUCAGAGGCCACAGAGGACAUUUUGAAGGAUUUGUCUGGAUGGCUUGACGAUGUUCCUCGAGGGUCAGAAUUUUCAUCUGCUAGUAGCUCUCCAUCUCAAUGUCUUGGUGAUGAUCAAGACAGUCAGAAGUCACUUACUAAUUCAAAAGAUGAAAAAGAAAAGGAUGGAAGCGUGAAACGCAAAACACCAGGAGGAUCAAAUAAAUCUAAAGAAGGAAAGGAUGUUGGUAAAGAUAGUGCUAAUGCAGCCCCAAAACGUAGAACAACAGAACGUUUACAGCCUGGUAAAAGCAAAGGAAAUCUUAUUGCUAGUAUUCAGGGUGAGACUGCGACCACAAAGGAGGGGCGUACUGCUUCUGAGUGGAGUAAACUGACAGCUCCUAAAUUAAGUCUUGGUACAGUUCUGACUAGUGGGUUUGGUGUUGGAGUUGGCCUUGUAAAACGGCACAACUUUAGUGAUAAUUCUGCUGAAUCUACUCCAAAGGAUGGUGGUUCAUCUCCAAAUGAUGCAGAAACUGAAGAUGACAAAGAAAAAGCAUAUCUAGCUGCCCAGAAAAAAGCUUUGCUCGAAGCCACAUUAAGAAGAGAGAGAGAGGAAGCAGAAGAGAGAGAAAGGAGAGAGAAAGAAGAGGAAGAACUUGAAAGGCAGAGAAAGAGGCUCAAGGAACAGGAAGAAGAUUUGAAGAAAAUGAAAGAGGAAGAAUUAGAGGAAGAGAAAGAAUUCAAGCCGAAACAAAAACCAAACCCCACUCCUAAUCUAAGUGCAUGGUUCAAGGCAUUUGGGGCACCAAAGUCGCAACCUACCACCGCAGCAGUAAGAAGAAAGCCUGAACUCUCAGCCACUCUAGACAUCACACGGACAUCAGCGUCCCCUGCCCAAGACAGCCUGGGAAGCGACACUCCAUACCGACGCGAUGACUUGGAGGAUGUUCCCAUGACACCCGGAAGGCGCCAGCGGAAGCUCAGCACCGGGAGUAGUGUGUCUGAGAAGUCGUCCUUCAGCCAGGAACAGAACGAUGGCUGCUCCCCUAGCUACCCGGCUCCCUUCCCGUCGCCUCUCAACCGAUCCCCGGAGACACACCGACCCAUUCAGGCUUACUCUACGAACGUAGAAAGCACAAUACGAGUUGGCUUCUAUCAGGACACGACUUACAAGAGCCCAGACAAGAGUAUCAGCAGUCCGCGGGACGGGCCGGAGAGCCACACCUACAUGCACCCGCACCAGGCCAGCCCGGCGGGCCCCAGCUACCAUCAGCCGCUGUACCCGCCCUACUCGCCGGCGCCCUACACGCCCUCGGAGCUGCACGCCAACGCCCAGCGCGAGCAGCAGCAGCCGUGCUCCCCGGCGCCCGCACCCUCGCCUGCCGCGGUGGCUGUGGCGUCGCCCUCGCCCGCGCACCAGGACGCCAGGUCGCCGUCGCACCUCCAGAUCGACCUGCACUCGCACUCGCCCCAUACGGCGCACGCCGUGGAGGGCAGGUCGCCGAUGCACGCCGAGUCGCCCGCCGACGCGCACGCCCGCAGCCCGCUGGACUCGCGGCUGCACAUCGACACCCGGUCGCCCAUGCACGCCGGCUCGCCCAUGGAGGCCGAGUCACCCCGGCUGCACAUCGACGCCCGCUCGCCCAUGGACGGGCAUGCCCGCUCGCCCAUGGACGGGCACGCCCGCUCGCCCAUGCACUCGCAGUCGCCCGCGGAGCACCGGUCGCCGCUGCACGCGGGGUCGUCGCCGCACGAGCCGCGCCUGCAGAUCGACUCUCGCUCGCCCAUGCACGCCGGCUCGCCCAUGGACUCGCGGUCGCCCAUGCACGUCGGCUCGCCCAUGGACUCGCGGUCGCCCAUGCACGUCGGCUCGCCCAUGCACGCGGGGUCGCCCAUGGACUCGCGCUCCCCGCUGCACGCUGGCUCGUCGCCGCACGACGCCCGGCUUCAUAUCGACACGCGGUCGCCGCUGCACUCGGGCUCACCCAUGGACUCGCGGUCGCCCAUCGACUCGAGGUCGCCCAUGCACGCCGACUCGCGCUCGCCCAUGCACGCGGGCUCGCCCAUGGACCAGCGGCUGCAGAUCGACACCCGGUCUCCGUCCCACUCGCCGGCCGUGGGGUCGCCGUCACACGCCAUGGGGUCCCCGACGGGUCACCCGCACCCCAUGGCGCCAGCCCAUGGCUCUCCCAAGGAGGGCCAGAGCUACGCGCACCCCGGACACCACUACCACCAGCAGGCGCAGCAGGUGCAGCAAGCGCAGCAGGUGCAGCAGGCGCGCGCGUACCAGCACCAGCAGCAGCAGUACCAGGACCCCUACCUGGCCAGCAGGGGCGUGGCCGCGGGGUUGGCGCCGGUCCAGCCGGGCCCCUACCGGCCCACGCCACACGCGUCCCCCGCGCCCGUGUACCAGCUGCACCACAAGCACCUGCUGCAGCAGACCCUCAUCAAGCAGCAGCAGGAGAAGGAGCAGCAGCUCCUCCAGCAGCAGCAACAGCAACAACAUCAGCAGCAACAGCAGCAGAUGAUGAUGCAAAAGCUGCAGCAGGAGAAGGAACAACAACUCGCGAUGCAGAAAUUCCAGCAGGAGAAAGAACGUCAAAUUUUGCUUCAGCAACAGGAGAAAGAACAGCAGAUGAUGCAAAAGCUUCAGCAGGACAAGGAGCAACAACUCAUGAUGCAGAAAUUCCAGCAGGAGAAAGAACGGCAAAUCUUGCUUCAACAACAGGAGAAAGAACAGCAGAUGAUGCAAAAGCUCCAGCACGAGAAGGAUCAACAGUUGCUGAUGCAGAAACUUCAGCAGGAGAAAGAAGCACAACUCAUAAUGCAGAAAGAGAAAGAACAGCAGUUGAUGAUUCAAAAGCUUCAGCAGGAGAAACAACAACAGCAGCAACAGCAACUGAUGAUGCAGAAACUUCAGCAAGAGAAACAACAGCAGCAACAGCAACAACAAAUGUACCUGCAAAGACAACACGAACAGCAACAACUUCAUCAACAACUCCUAGUCCAGCAGCAGCAACAUCAACAACAAUAUUUGGCCCAACAACAGCAGCAGCAGCAACAGCAGCAGCAACAACAGCUGCUCGCCCAACAACAGCAACAGCAGCAACAACAAGCACAGCCGAGGAGUCGCACGCCGGUUUCAUCCUUCCCAGUCAAGAAGCGGCACUACGCCGAGACGUUCGCCGCGGCCGCGUCCAACUUCCCGGCGCCGUCCACCGUCACGCCCUCGGCCACCUCGACUGUGACGCCGGCGCCGGCCGCCGCCUCCCCGGCCGCCUCCUCCAGCAGCUCGUCGAGCGCGCCGCCGUCCGGGCUGCCCCUGCCGCGCAGCCCCUUCUCCUCGGGGGUCCCGGUGGGCGUGCCGGUGGGCGGCGCGCGCAGCCCCUUCACGCCCGUGAGCGAGGUGGCGCCGCGCAGCGGCCGCAGCCCCUUCACGCCCGUCACCUCGGCGGUCAGCUCGGCCGGCACCGCGGCGCUGCACCAGCACCUGUCGCACAUGAUGGACGUGUACCCCAGGCCCUACUACCCCACCAACCCCAGCGCCAGCCCGCUCACCAGCCCGCUGUUCGGCCGGCCGGGGUCGGCGCACGGCUCGGCCUUCCGGGAGAGCCAGCCCUCGUCGGCGCCCGCGGCGGCGCCGCCCGCGCCCGUCUACCCCACCAAGGGCCAGGUGGCGGCCGCGGCCGCCGCGGCCCACUCGCCGCCCGUGCCCGUCGUGACGACGCCCAAGCAGGAGGCCAAGAACCGGCAGAAGGCGGCCAAGGCCAGCGAGGCUGCGGCGGCGGCCGCCGCGGCCGCGGCAGAGGCGGCGGGCAGCGCGCCGUCCGCCGGCAGCACGGCCUUCCAGCACUACGCGCUCAAGGCGGGCCACGCCGGCGGCCCGGUCCAGGACGUGCCCAAGGUGCCCAGCGUCCUGCCCGGCAGCGCCUUCAACUUCGGCCCGACGUCCGGCCUGGGGCUGUACGCGGACAAGGACUCGUACUCGUCGUACGCCGGCGCCGGCUUCUACGGGCACCGGCCCGCGGCCGCGGCGGACGGCGCCGACGUGACGGUCCCCACCGCGGCCAGCUUCCCAUUCCUCAGUCACCAGCCGCACCAGGCGCACCAAGCGCACCAGGCGCAGCGCGCGGCCGCGGCGGCCUCGGCCUACCCGCACGGCCUGGCGCAGGCGCUCAUGGACCCCGCCGCCUACCAGCAGUACCUGCUGCACCAGGGACUGUACCCGGGCUCCUACCACCACCCCGCCGCCCUGGGACUGAGGCCCCCCUACGACUCCAUGCAGCGACCCCCGUGGCUAUGAGCAGCCAGUCCCAUAGUCAAGUCAGCUCUCUGCGUGUGUCAUAAACUAGAGAUUGUUUGUUCAGGGAGAUAAUUUGAUAGUUAGUCAAUAUGUUGUUUGUAGUAAGUGAGAGUUUUAAAACUUGUUUUUACUUUUCUUUUUAAAAGAGAUGAAUGUAAGAUUAAUUGUACUGUAUGUGUUUUGUUGUACAGUUUUAUCAUUGUGUAUAUGUGUAUACU